CGUCGCCGCGAUGAGCUUCAGCCGCCUCUGCCGCCUGCUGAAGCCGGCGCUGCUGUGCGGAGCCUUCGCGGCGCCCGGCCUGGCCAGCACCAUGUGCGCGUCCCGUGAGGACUGGCGCUGUGCCCGCUCCAUGCAUGAGUUCUCUGCCAAGGACAUCGACGGGCACAUGGUGAGCCUGGACAAGUACCGGGGCUUCGUGUGCAUCGUCACCAACGUGGCCUCGCAAUGAGGCAAGACAGAGGUAAACUAUACUCAGCUCGUCGACCUGCACGCCCGAUACGCUGAGUGUGGUUUACGGAUCCUGGCCUUCCCCUGCAACCAGUUUGGGAGGCAGGAGCCAGGGAGUAACGCGGAGAUUAAAGAGUUCGCCGCCGGCUAUAACGUCAAAUUUGAUAUGUUCAGCAAAGUCUGUGUGAAUGGGGACGACGCCCACCCCCUGUGGAAGUGGAUGAAAGUCCAGCCCAAGGGGCGGGGCAUCCUGGGGAACGCAAUCAAAUGGAACUUCACCAAGGUAAGUGCCCCCAUUCGCGUAGUUUCUCAUCGACAAGAACGGGUGUGUGGUGAAGCGGUACGGUCCCAUGGAGGAGCCCCUGGUGAUCGAGAAGGACCUGCCCUGCUACCUCUAGUCCCACGAGUGCCCACCCAUCCACCCGUGCAACCCCUCCCUGCCCAUGGCCUCUGCGCUUCUCAAGCCUUCCACCCGGCACCCAUGACGGCCUGCUUGCAAACCAGCCCGCUGGUGAGGCAGACCCGAGAACCUGGCGUGCACCUCUGCCGGAGGAAGGUCUCAGUGGCCCACCUUGGGCGUCCCCCUUUUCGCCUUAUGGAAUAAAAUGUUCACAUUG